GCUUUGCCAACCUGUCGUGCUCAAAAAAUUAAAGCCGUGGACUCGAGCCGCACAAUGAUACAUCCAUCGCGCAGGGCAUAUGUGGAGGAGGCGGAAACGGAGGAUCGUGGCGGUGUCGAUUUACAUUCUAUCCCCAUCGACCGGGACUAUGACAUCCCAAGCGCUGGGGCUGGCAUCGCACCUGAGAAGGCGUCGGCGCUUCUCUCAAAGUUCGAGCGGAAGAGGUUGGCAGCAACCAUAGCUGUUCCCACCGACGAUGGACGGGUGCGCGCUAAGCUUCGGGAGCUGGGCGAGCCCAUCACACUCUUCGGCGAGGGCCCGGCCGACAGACGCGACAGACUGCGAGAGCUGCUCACCGAGCAAGCAACACAGGCACAGCAAGCAGCCCGCCAGGAGGGCGCCGACGUGGAGAUGGCGGAGGCCGGGGAAGAGGAGGAGGAAGAGGAAGCCGAAGAGCAGGAGGAGGAGUUCUACUCCCGGGGAACAGACGAACUGCUACAGGCUCGGAUAAACAUCGCCCAAUACUCGAUCCCACGAGCGAAGCGGCGCAUCGAGUUUCAGAAGAAGGAAGCGAGCAUCUCGUUGCGCGCACAUGUCAAGUUCCGCAAGGGCAUCAAGGAACGGCUGCAGACGUUCGAGCUCCAGGGCAGUCAGGCUGCCGGAGACCGACACGUCAGCAUGACACGGAUAUCGCCGAGCGGGAAGAUAGUGGCAACAGGCAACUGGGGCGGACAGGUCAAGCUCAUUGACGUCCCGAGUCUGGAGCACAAGCGGACGUUGAGAGGCCAUACCAACAAGAUCAGCGGCAUCUCUUGGAUGCCCGGCGCUACCCUGCCUGAGCGCAACGUCUCGGAAGAGACAGUCAAUCUAGCAUCCGGUGGUGCAGAGGGCCAGAUCCACCUCUGGUCCCUGACACAGGACACCCCUCUCUCGACGCUCUCCGGGCACUCGCAGCGAGUAUGCCGGGUUGAAUUCCACCCUUCCGGGAAGUACCUAGCCUCGGCGUCGGAAGACACCUCGUGGCGGCUAUGGGAUGUUGAGAAGUCGACGGAACUGCUUUUGCAAGAGGGGCAUUCGCGCGGCGUCUACGCCGUCAGCUUCAACACCGACGGAUCGCUACUCGCCAGCGCGGGGCUCGACAGCAUCGGGCGGAUCUGGGAUCUGCGCUCGGGACGCACGGUCAUGAUCCUGGACGGCGGCACGGACGGGCAUAUCAAGCCCAUCUACGGGCUCGAUUGGGGCUCGGACGGCCACCGGGUCCUGACGGCCUCUGCUGACGGGUGGAUCAAGUGCUGGGACGUCAGGAAGGUGCAGCGGACGGGGGGCAUCGGCGCGCACACGAGCGCGGUGUCCGAUGUCAGGUGGUUCAAGGGCCUCGACGACCCGCUGGAGGGCACUCCGCCGGGCGAGGAUGAAAAGGGCAUGCAGAUGCCCAAGAAGUCGGGCACCUUCUUGGUCUCGUCCGGCUUCGACCACAAGAUCAACAUCUUCUCGGCAGACGACUGGGCUCUGGUGCAGUCGCUCAGCGGCCACACGGGGCCCGUCGCGAGCGUGGAUGUGAGCAGGGACGGGAGGUGGAUUGUGAGCGGAGGCCAUGACCGGACGGUGAAGCUGUGGGGGAGGAACGACGCGACGGGGUUGUACGGCGACGACUAGGCUUCUGUGCGUUUUGGCCGGGCUGCUACAUGGACAAAAUGGGUCAUAGAAUGUCUAAUUAUUAUUACCUCCUGUGUAGGAGGCACUUUGGUAGCCGCGUUCAUGCGCCCCCAUAUCUUGACGACUUGCGCGUGUGAUAGUGAUGUGGUGAUACCGUAUGUACGGAUGUAAGGUUACCUUACGGAUUAUGGAUUUAC